ACACAUGAUGUAACACACGGAAAGUUCCGGAACAGCUAAAGGUCGACAGAGCAGCAUCACGUCUCUUUUUACCAGCUCAGUAAACACAUAAACAAUACUAAUAACUACAACAUGCCGAGAGGAAGCAGAAGCAGGACCUCCAGGAUGGCUCCCCCAGCCAGCCGGGCUCCACCAUCACCACCCCCUAUGGCCAGGGCUGCACCUCCUCCCUCCUAUGCACCGGCUCCAAUGCAUGCUGCUCCAUCUGCAGUGGGUGCUCCAGCUGCUGCAGCACCCAGGCAGCCGGGUAUGUUUGCCCAGAUGGCGACUACAGCUGCCGGAGUGGCGGUGGGCUCUGCAGUAGGACACACCAUCGGCCACGCCAUGACUGGAGGCUUCGGCGGAGGAAGUUCAGAGUCUGCCAAGCCUGACGUUACGUACCAGGAGCAGCAGCAGGCCCAGCCGUACCAAGCUCAGCCCAUGUACCAGCAGCAGCCACAAUCCAUGUACCAGCAGGAGGCCCCUCAGCGGCAGCAGGCCUGCUCCUAUGAGCUCAAACAGUUCAUCGAUUGUGCCCAAAACCAGAGCGACUAUAAGCUCUGUGAGGGCUUCAGUGAGGUGCUGAGAGAGUGCAAGUCCUUUAACGGUCUGUCAUGAGACUGAAACGAAAACCUGGAGAGUGAAAACGCACACACAAACUGUAAUAAAGCAACCAUGCUGGAUAUUAAGGUGUUAAUUCACAAUAGAUCAAUAAACAUGCUUUAGUUUGACAGCUGAUUUUCAUCAGACAGCUCAUCGCGUUGAUUCUCAGGACAGUGCUGCAGAAUUUGUUAUGAUAGUCUUAUAAAUAAUGUUUAUAUAUUUUGCUGUGUGUUGAUUUCAGUUGUGUGUGUUUUUCAUUAGCUUUAGUGCUUAAUUUAAAUCGCUGAAUGGCAUUUGUUGCUCAUAAUAACUUGUAAAAAAAUCACCAGUUUCUGGAUUACGGAUGUCUGCAGUUGGUUUCUAACAUGUUUAGGUUUCAAAAUAAUAAAGCACUUGAAUCAUAAAAA